AUGGCUGACUCGUUUGAUCCCUUGGAUUUUAUAAGUAGUAACGCUGUGACGAAAUCCAACAAUAUUGAUUUUCUUGAACGAGCAGAUCAAGAUACUAAUAAUGUUCAGCCUUUGAGCGAUGACUUCGACGUUGAUGCCUGGCCCUCAGAAGGAGAGGUUCCGAUACAGCCAUUGGACCUUCCAUGUGUUCAAUAUGCUGCCCCUGAUGUGAUAUUAACCGUACUGAAGCUAUUACAGCCUGCAACACAAGUUAAUUUCAAGUCUGCUGAAGGAAAGAAUGAUGAGACAUGGGAAAAAAUGUGCAAUGAGAAAGGGGUGACAGAAUCUAUGCUACAGCUCACACUAAAGUAUUACGAACAAUGGAUCAAUAAUUUACUACGAUCGUACUCAGAUCUUUGCACAAAAAUACCUGCACUUUACCAUAAUCGAUCAUCCGAAUCAGAACUCUUGAACUAUUUCACAACUAUCUUAUCGAAAUAUGAAACUAGCUCCAAUGAGCUCGCUAAUCAGAUUUUACAACAAGCUAGUUCGAGGAUCUCUGAGCGUUGCGGUAGAACUGCACAGCCCUCCAUGACCCGAACGUUUAAGCUGGAAGGCUUGGAUACUUCAAUUAAAUUGUACGAGCCAGCUUUGACAUCGGACAACCUUGGAUUGAAGACUUGGGGAUCUUCCCUUAUGUUGUCACAAAAGAUAAUCGGUAUACCAGCUGGAAAAAGAGUAUUAGAAUUGGGAUCCGGCACCGGAUUAGUGGGAAUUUCAUAUGCAUUGACACACUCAAUCAACGGCGAUUCUGUAAUAUUUUUAACCGAUCUUCCAGAGAUUUUGCCGAACUUGCAAUACAAUGUCAGACUGAACAAUUUAAACGAUGUCACCGCAGAUGUGCUUGACUGGACUGAUCCAUUGUCAUUCACCGAGAAAUAUGGAAAUGAACCUUUCGAUACCAUAGUAAUAGCAGAUCCGAUAUAUUCCCCACAACAUCCUAUAUGGCUUGUGGAUAUGAUCGUAAAAUUUCUCUCGGAAAACGGAAAAGUAUACUUACAAAUACCAAUUAGACCCAAAUAUGAAUCAGAACGCGAACUUCUAUGGAAACUACUCGAAGAGAAUGAUCUCAAUGUCAUCGCUGAGGUUCAAGAGAAGGGAAAGGACGAUUGGGGCGACGUGGAUUACUUAUAUAAGGAAAUAACGCGACUACAUACAUUAUAA